ACACACACACACACACACUCACACCUAAAAAAAGACCCCGUCAGGCCCCUCUGGCUCUAGGACCAGAAGAUGAACGAGGACACUCGAAGACUCGCCAGCAGACCUGAAGGAACCUGAUGGAGUCAGAGAGUAGACCGGAGCAGGAAACCCACCCAGGGAAGAUUUAACCAAGGACACAAAAGCACAAGAAGAAGAAACCAUGAGCACCUCCGGGCAGAAUAAGUGCGAGGAGGUGGACGAGGACGAGCUGCUGGCCGCGCUCUCCUCCGAGGAGCUCUGGGAGCUGGAGAGGGAGCUGGCCGACCUGGACGACACCAUCCCCAUCGGCCUGAGGCAGAGGGACCAGACGGCCAGGCGCCCCACGGGGGGCUUCGACCGGGCCGCUCUGCUGAAGCACUGGGAGGACGAGAACAGGAAGCUGCUGCGGGAUGAGAGGACGGAGUCCAACGGGGGACAGAACUUCAUCACUGAACUGCCGUGCUCUCCAGAUCGAGAGAAACACAGAGGGGGACGAGUGACCGCCGUCGCCGGCAACACCGGCAAGACACUGGGGAGCGUCAGGAAGAAGACGUCUCCAAAGGGGAGGAAAGUCAACGAGGCGGAAAAGAAAGAUGAGUGUAAAAAGGAGGCUCCAAUGAGGAGCGAAGGUCCUUCGAAGAAAAGUCUCUCUAAGGGCCUGAGGAGCGAAUUGAGGAGGACCGAAACCGACCUGAAGGAAAGCCCCGACAGGGCGAGCGGGAACCCCACCGCCGUCCUCGAGACUCUGGAGCGGAUCCUCUGCGACGACCCUGCUGUGAGUGAAGUCAACCUCAACAACAUCGAGGACAUCUCCCAGGACACCUUGCUGGGCUUCGCCGAUGCCCUGCGCGCCAACACCCACGUCCACGUCUUCAGCCUCACCAACACCCACGCCGACGACCGCGUGGCCCUCGCCGUGUCCCGGAUGCUCCGCGAGAACCGCUCCGUCAGGAACCUGAACAUUGAUUCCAACUUUGUGUCCGGUCGGGGCAUCCUCGCGCUGCUGGAGGCGCUGCAGCACAACAAGACGCUGGUGGAGCUGCGCUUCCACAACCAGAGGCACAUAUGCGGGGGGAAGGUGGAGAUGGAGAUGGUCCAGCUGCUGAGGGAAAACACCACUCUGCUCAAGCUCGGCUACCAGUUUGACCUCCCGGGCCCGAGGAUGACCGCGACCGGCAUCCUGACGCGCAACCAGGACCAGCAGCGUCAGCGGAGGCUGCGACAGAAGAAGGAGCAGAGUCCUCCCGAGGCCUCGGGACAUGGCCUUGGUUCACCCGCAGUAAACAGACCCUUGAAGAAGACAUCACAACCUCCUAAAACCAUUGGAAACCAGAACAGAAACCCUCCUUCUACUCCACCUCCUCAGUCUUUAGACCCGCUGACGAGGAAGAUCUCCGAAGUGCUCAAACAGCACGAUGGCUCGAACAUGCCGAAGACCCAGUCGAACCAGAGGAAGACAAAGUCAAAGAAGCUCAAGAACGGCGCCAACCAGAAAGAGAGCGCAGAGAUUCUCAUUGACCUGAAGAAGACUUUGAAGCCUUUGCUGCAGAAGAGACCAGACGAACCGCCAUGCCUGGCGCUGCCAGAGCCAGCGGAGAGGUCAAGCCACGACAACCUGAUGGCUGCGAUCCGCGGGAGCAGCAUCGGGUCCUUAAAAAGGGUGGAUCUGUCCUACGCCUGAACUCACCUGCUCACCUCACCUGAACUCUUUUCACUUUGCAUAGAAACACUUCACACUAAAAUGUCACUUUUAAAAAGCACAUUAUUCAUGUCGUCACGCAGCGUUUUAGCAGACUGCUUUUCUGUUUGUUUGAGGCAUUGUUUUUUGUUACUGUGUGAAACUGUGGAUCCUGACGCGUGGAGAAAUAAAGUCGAUGUACAGG